CGCUUUACAAGUUUCGGAGUCGCGUCUGUUUUUAGCAGAGAGCCGCUGGACUGAGUAGAGUAAAGCACAACGGAGUGGAAAAACCAUGGGAAUCCAGCUACUACUCCGAUAAUUUAUCUGCCGGCUUUUAAAGGACGUCCUCGAAGAUGACGGAGCUGAGUUCAGCUCUCGCUAAGGAAGGAUGGUAUCUCACAGAUGAAGGAAUAGAAGAAUGCAAGAGCCCAUCGGAGAAAGAGAAAGCAACGCUCAAUGACAUCAUCAAUGUAGCAUUAAAUAGUGAUCUGAGACCCAUUGGAAAGAGCUUCCUGCCUACUGACAUCAAUGGUGGCAGAGUGGAGAAAUUGGAAGGCCCAUGUGUCCUUCAGGUUCAGAAGAUCCGGAAUGUUGCUGCCCCAAAAGAGAAUGAGGAAUCCCAGGCUGCGCCCCGAAUGCUCCGCCUCCAAAUGACUGAUGGGCAGACAAUGUGCACAGGGCUUGAAUUUAAACAUCUGUCAAAAAUCAGUUUGAACACCCCGCCUGGAACCAAAGUGAAGCUCCUGGGCACAGUGCCAGUAAAGAAUGGCUUUCUGCUAUUAGACGAUACCAAGAUCACAGUCCUCGGAGGAGAGGUGGAUCACAUGAUCGAGAAAUGGGAGUUACAAAGGAGUCUGGCCAAGCAUAGCAGGAGUAAUAUAGGCGCAGAAGGUGGACCACCUCCGUUUUUGCCCUUUGGACAGAAAUGUGUACGCAAGGAGGAGGUGGACAGUAGGGCUCUGGACCAGAGGAAAACCUUACAGAGCAGCAAUGCGGCCAAAACAGCAAACGAAAAUGACGAGUUUGAGAAGCAGAGGAUUGCUGCCAUUGCUGAAAUUGCUAAAAGCAAAGAGACACGCACGUUUGGGGGUGGAGGCAAUGCAGGGAGCAACCUCGCAAACCCAGGCUCCACUUCCAAGAACCGGGAUGCAUACCAGAAAAGGAGGGAGGAACGAGAUAAGACCUGGACAGAGAGCAAACCAGAUGGAGUUUACCGAGAGCUGGUGGAUGAGCGGGCUCUAAGGGAUCUCAUGGAAAUGGGUUUCAAUAAAGAGGCCGCCAGGCAGGCUUUGCUGGACAACAACAAUAAUGUAGAUGUGGCCCUCAAUUACCUGCUCACUGGGGUCAAUCAGGCCAAAUCAGCUCCGGUGGAGUCGAGUCGUCCACCACCCAGAGGGAAGGGCAGAGGGCGAGGAAAGACCAGACAAGAUGAUGAUGAUGAGGGAGGAGGAAGACCCUCAGGCCCCAGCACGCUGUUUGACUUCCUUGAGUCUAAAAUGGGCGCUUUCUCUAUUGAUGAGUCAAAGAAACAGCCACCACAGAAAACACAAGAGUAUCCUGGCAGGAUGACUUUCCCAAAUCCUGAUCAGAUCUCCCGAGACGCCCCCCAACCCAAGUACAGUGGCCGUAAUGAGGGGAGACCACAGAGGAAUGACCGACCUCCUCGCUUUCAGAGGGACGGAGACUUCCACAAAUCUGGUGGCACAGAAAAUGCCCAUCCAACCUCCUCACAGUCGCAACCCCAGAGGUGGAGAGAUGGUGGAGAAAAAGGAGGAAGAGGUGGAUCUGAUCGAUGGAAGGAUGAGAGACGAGAUGCAAAGGGUGGACAGAUUAACUCUACCUCUUCGGGGAGCCUGAGGUCAAAGGAGCAACAAGGUCCUUCUGGAAACUUCUCCCAGGGCUCAAAAGACCAUGGAGGGUCAAAGGGGUACCAGCAUAUAUCAAGGGAUGGAGGUUUGAGAGAGCAAGAGCAGGUAGGUGGAUAUGAUCCACUUACUUUUAGGAAGAGCCAAGGAAAUGGGCCACUGGGCCCCAAAACUUUGGAAACAGCUGUCAUGGCUCCUGACUCUAAAGGUAGACCUGAACCACACAGCAGAAGGAAAGGCAGGUCAGAGAGGCCCAAUUCUGCCCAAUUCGGUCAUCAGGAGACAGUGGGCAACUCGAAUUCUGUCCACAUUACAGGAGGAAAAGAUUCUACCAUUAUACAGGAUGGGGGGUUGGGGGGUCAAUUCGCUAAAGGAGGAGGGAGUUCAAACAUACAUCUCCAAAACGGCGACUCGGAUCACAGACGGACUGGUCCCAUCAAACCACAGUCUUCGGGUCCACCUCACAAGAACAUCAGCUCACACAAUUCUGCCUCCAAGAAGAGGUCUGGACCAAUCAAAGCUCAUAGAGGGUCAGAGAUGGGUCACACAGCAGACACAAGUAGCCAUGGAAACUGGAAACCCGGUGACCAGUGCCUUGCACUUUAUUGGGAGGACAACAAGUUCUACCGGGCCACGGUUGACGCAGUGCACCCUUCCGGCUCCACCGCUGUGGUCGUGUUCAGUGACUAUGGCAACUGUGAGGAGGUCCUGCUUCACAAUAUUAAACCUCUACACAUGGACCUGUGGGAUGAAGACGAUGUUUACUAUGAGAAUUCUCUAGAGUUUCGACGGGGGGGAGACGGGCAGCCCAGGCGCACUCGGCCAACGCAGCAGUAUUAUCAACCUCCCAGAGCACGAGACUGACGGCAUUCUAUGCUGAUGACGAUCUGUCAGACCUGAUUUAAAGCUAAGGCUCAAGAUGAAAGUCAACACACACACUAGCAGAUGAUCAACUCUGAAAUCUAUCUCUCUCUUCUGUCUCUGUGGUGGAGAAUGUACAAGGAGAAACCUGUAAGGGCUUGCUGCACAAGAUGCAUCGACCAUAUCCGAACACAAACGCGAUAAUGCAAAAGGCUGCUGUACUCGGUGAUGAUUUGUACCAUACUUGGUUAUAAUGAUCAUAAAAACUCUUCACCCGUUUUU